CAUUUACUUUAUCAAACUUCAUAGCAACACCUCAGUAAUCAGCAAUAUUAUAGUUCAGCAGAACUCGGAAUUUAUAUUAGGAAUAACGGUCCUUAGAAUUUCAAAUAAUCUUUCAUCUUUUAAUUUCUUCAUAUAUAGCGUUACAUAAUUAGACGUAUAGUGAUAAAAUGUUUCUCCCCUAUUUCCGGCAUUCAAUCCGUCCCGGAGUCGUCAAUGACUUGUGCAGAAGAAAUAUUGUUACUCUGGCAGGCAUUAAAAAUGUUGUCGAUGGCUAUUGGAAAGCUAUAGCAGAAGAUUACGUAUUUGUUAACAUACAUGGCUGUCGUGCUGAAGAGAUCGUGAAAGACCAAGAUUUAUCAAAAAAAAAGUGCUUAAUAACUGGUGCCAAUAGUGGGAUCGGAUUGGAGAUGACCAGGUGCAUGACUUCCCGCGGCUGCGAAGUGUUGAUGGCCUGCCGGAAUCCAUAUGAGGCCACUACAGUUGUUAAAAACGUUUGUGAAAACCCCAAUCUUCUGCGAUUUUACGAAACUAAUCUCGCGUCACUAAGUUCUGUGAAAGCAAGCUCGGAUGAAAUUUUGAAAAAGGAAAAGAAUAUUGACGUCGUGUUCCUUAAUGCUGCAGUAUUUGGCCUGCCAUGGACUUUAACCGAAGACGGUUUUGAAACUACGUUCCAGAUUAAUUACUUGAGCCAAUACUACUUGUUAAUGAAUAUCGAAAAGAUCCUAGCACCAGACGCUAGAGUUGUAUUUGUUUCUUCGGAAUCGCACAGGAAUAUAAAUUGGGAUGCGCAUAGCACACUGAUGCCAUCUAAAGAGCUACUGUCUAUUCCUGAAGACAAGUAUACCUCGAUUAGAGCUUACAACGUGUCGAAGCUGUGUGGCCUGCUAUCCAUGCACUACCUGGCCUACCGCUGGAUGCACAGCCAAAAGCAAGUAUUCUGUGCUCACCCAGGCUCCUUCGUUAAAACUAGACUGUGUCGAAAUUGGUGGGUGUAUGAGGCACUUUAUACUUUCAUGAAGCCGUUUUCUAAAUCUAUUAGCCAAGCGGCCAGUACACCACUAUAUUGUGCCUUUUCACCAGAACUGAACGGGGUAUCAGGAAUUUACUUCAAGGACUGUAAGCGAUGCACUGAGAGCGAUAUAGCGAGCGACCUCCACUUAUCGUUCAGGGUCAACGACCUGACGCACGACAUGCUGCGCGACAGAGUGGGCGCCUUCGACGACGUCGCGCGCGCUUCCUCCGCGCUCUACCGCCAGCAGCUCAAGGAGGCCGUCGAGGACACGGUCAUGUCCAAUUACUCGGGCACAAUAAACUCGUAGACUUAAUACUCUAUUAUUUAUAUAAAGUUAAUUUAUUUUGUCAAUUUUGGAAAUUAGAAAAUAAAAGAUGGUGUUUA